UUCCUUCCCCACGGGAAAGACAAGGGAAUCGAUUUCCCUUCCGUGAACCAAACGAGACCUAAGAUUAGUCAAUAGCAAAUACUAACAGAAUAUAUAAAACGAUGGGGUAAAACAGUCAAAAUUACAAAAUAACGAGAUAGAUUAACAAACAUAAGAAUAGAUAGGGGUUCGUUCGCCAAAAGCGAAACUAUUUAGGGCGAAGUAAUUGGGGUCCGGAUCCUGAGAUCACCACAAAGGAAAACCAAGGGAAGAUGUCGGUCACUCUCUGCAGUCGGCUAGUUCUCUCAGAUCAGAUCAUUGUUGAAAUACUGGCGAGGCUACCCGUAAAAUCCUUAAUCCGAUUCCGCUGUGUAUCCAAGACAUGGCGUGCUUUCAUCUCCGACCCUUAUUUCGUCAGGAAGCACUUGAGCCACAGCGACACCAAAAACAGCUUCAACUUGAACCUCCUUCUCUCAACCUAUCUCGCCACUUCCAUACACUACCGAGCUUUAUUGAAGAUUGAAGAAGACGGCACAGUUGCAAGCAGCGAGCUCCAGUAUCCGAUUCAGGUACCUAACGCAUUUACUUCACGUAUCUUGGAGAAACGUUUGGUUGGUUCUUACAAUGGUCUGAUAUGUUUGUCAUUUUAUGGCGAUACCGCCGAUACGUUUAUGUUAUGGAACCCUUGCACUGGAGAGUCCAAGUUAUUGCCAAAACCUACCGCUUUCGAUACGAGUUAUGUAGUGUUCUAUGGAUUUGGUUAUGAUUCCGCUGCUGAUGAUUGCAAGAUAGUAAGGGGGAAUUGUAGGUCACGUAAAGGUGAUGGUCCUCAGGAAACGAUCAUUGAGGUCUUUGCACUAAAGACUGGCUGUUGGAGGACCCUUGAGACUGUCGCUAAUGUUGUGUUAUCGGACCAGGGCAGCUUUGUAAACGGAGCUCUACAUUGGUUACAACAUCAGUGGUUUAACGAGCAGCGGUGCCUAGUUGCUUUAAGUAUAGUGUGUUUUGAUUUAGCGGAGGAGAAGUUUCGGGAGGUUGCUGUUCCAUAUCCUUCUGGUUUUGUAGAGCAACAUUAUUUUUCUGUGGGAAUUGCAGUUAUUAGAAACUGUCUCACUGUGUAUUUCGAACCCGCUAAUGGGUCCGAUUACAAAAUGUGGGUGAUGAAGGAGUACGGGAUCAAGGAAUCUUGGGCUGAAGUCAUGAGUAUUCCUUUUGAGGUCUUGCCUGGAGAUUAUGUACUAGGCUUGGAGCCUUUAUGCCUUUUUGAGAAUGAUGAAGUUUUGAUGAGUCUUGAUCGGGAAGUCUUGACAUUGUAUAAUCAGAAGGAGAAGACAUUUGGGAAUAUCUUCAAGUGUCGCGAGGAUCAUUUUUGGCGUGAAACAGCUACCUAUGUAGAAUCUUUAGUUUCACCCUUCACUAUGUUUGUCUGAAAUGUUGAAGCCGUAUGCCACAUGCUGGUAGUUGUCAUCCCUGAAGAUGUGCAGAAUACCAGCUCAACUAUAACUCUGCGGAUUGAAUGUAACUAGUGCUGUAGAUUGGUAGCACUUGAUGCUAAAAUUUUCCGUUUUGUGACUUUCUCUGGUUUAUUAAGCUUCAAAUCUUGGUGUCACA